AUGCCGGGGCAGAAGACGUGGAUGCCUAAGGCGGAGGAUAGGGCGAUGGCGGCGAAAAAGUGGUACGUGGUGGACGCGGAGGGGCUGCGACUGGGGCGGAUGUCGUCCGAGAUCGCAAAGCUCCUGCUGGGCAAGCACAAGCCCGAGUUCACCCCGGGCGCUGAUGUCGGAGACUGCGUCGUCGUGAUCAACGCCGAAAAGUGCAUCGUGACGGGCAACAAGGCGCGGCGGCGGCCACAGCGC